CCCCCUCCGGCCGUGUGAUUUUGAGCAAAGCGCUUCUCUUGGGUCUGGGCCCCUCCAGGGGUGAGGGCCCGGGGGCCGGGGAGGGCCUCUUCCCCAGGGCCUCCUCUGGGUCCUCGGUGACCCUGUGGCUGUCCCCAAAGGCAAGAGGGGCGCGAGCCUCUGGGCCCAGGCUCUGGCGCACCCUCUUCCAACAAGUGCAGGUCUCGCACAUGCUGAGCCUCUCUGGCUUCUCACCGCUCCCCCCCACCCCCUUUCCGGGAUGAAAUUCCUGCCAGUUCGGAAAGAAGGAGGGAAGGGAAGCAAGCUGCAGCGUAGAAAGUUUCCUUGACUCCUCCUCCGCCUGUGUCUCCCUCCCUCGCCGAGCCCAGCCUGUGAAACUGAAUAACGAAGAUCACUCAACAAUGCCUGCCCCUCUCUGACUGCAAGGUCCCUGCGCUCGCGCCGCCGCUGCCGACGCCAAGCAGAGCCGCGGGGCGGUCCCCACCGACGGCGCAGCCCGCGGGUCCGGUCGUGGCACCGGGACGCGAGCCCCCGAGGCCACUGCACCCGUGCGCCCGCCCGUGCACCCGCCAGGUGCCCCGCAGCCCGCCGCGAGAUGCCCAGCCCGCCCGGGUACUGGGCGCUGUGGUUCUGCGCCUCGCUGUGCGCCUCCCGGUGUGCGGGCGGCGCCCCUCAGCCCGGCCAGGGGCGCGCAGCCUGCCCGGCCCCCUGCCACUGCCAGGAGGAUGGCAUCAUGCUGUCGGCCGACUGCUCGGAGCUCGGGCUCUCCACUGUGCCAGGGGACCUGGAUCCCCUGACGGCUUACCUAGAUCUCAGCAUGAACAACCUCACGGAGCUUCAGCCUGGCCUCUUCCGCCACCUGCGUUUCCUGGAGGAGCUGCGUCUCUCGGGGAACCAUCUCUCCCACAUCCCGGGACAAGCAUUCUCUGGCCUCUACAGCCUGAAAAUCCUGAUGCUGCAGAACAACCAGCUGGGAGGAAUCCCUGCCGAGGCGCUGUGGGAGCUGCCGAGCCUGCAGUCUCUGCGCCUAGAUGCCAACCUCAUCUCCCUGGUCCCGGAGAGGAGCUUUGAGGGGCUGUCCUCCCUCCGCCACCUCUGGCUGGACGACAAUGCACUCACCGAGAUCCCUGUCAGGGCCCUCAACAACCUUCCUGCCCUGCAGGCCAUGACCCUGGCCCUCAACCGCAUCAGCCACAUCCCUGACUUCGCCUUCCAGAACCUCACCAGCCUUGUGGUAUUGCAUCUGCAUAACAACCACAUCCAGCAUCUGGGGACCCACAGCUUCGAGGGGCUGCGCAAUCUGGAGACACUAGACUUGAAUUAUAACGAGCUGCAGGAGUUCCCCAUGGCCAUCCGGACCCUGGGCAGACUGCAGGAACUGGGCUUCCACAACAACAACAUCAAGGCUAUACCCGAGAGGGCCUUCAUGGGCAACCCUCUGCUGCAGACGAUACACUUUUAUGAUAACCCAAUCCAGUCUGUGGGAAGGUCAGCCUUCCAGUACCUGCCUAAACUACACACGCUAUCCCUGAACGGUGCCACAGACAUCCAGGAGUUCCCAGACCUCAAAGGCACCACCAGCCUGGAGAUCCUGACCCUGACCCGUGCGGGCAUCCGGCUGCUCCCACCAGGAAUGUGCCAACAGCUGCCCAGGCUCCGAGUCCUGGAGCUGUCUCACAAUCAGAUCGAGGAGCUGCCCAGCCUGCACAGGUGUCAGAAAUUGGAGGAAAUUGGCCUCCAACACAACCGCAUCUGGAAAAUUGGAGCGGACACCUUCAGCCAGCUGAGCUCCUUACAAGCCCUGGACCUGAGCUGGAACUCCAUUCGGUCCAUCCACCCAGAGGCCUUCUCCACUCUGCGUUCCUUGGUCAAGCUGGACCUGACAGACAACCAGCUGGCCACACUGCCCCUGGCCGGGCUUGGGGGCCUGAUGCAUCUGAAGCUCAAAGGGAACCCGGCUCUGUCUCAGGCCUUCUCCAAGGACAGUUUCCCAAAACUGAGGAUCCUGGAGGUGCCCUAUGCCUACCAGUGCUGUGCCUAUGGCCCCUGUGCCAGCUUCUCUAAGGGCUCCGGGCAGUGGCAUGCUGAGGACUUCCACCUGGAGGAGCAGGAGGCCCCAAAGAAGCCCCUGAGCCUCCUUACUGGACAAGCUGAGACCCACUAUGACCUGGACCUGGAUGAGCUCCAGCUGGAAAUGGAGGACUCAAAGCCACACCCCAGUGUCCAGUGUAGCCCUAUUCCAGGCCCCUUCAAGCCCUGCGAGCACCUCUUCGAGAGCUGGGGCAUCCGCCUGGCCGUGUGGGCCAUCGCGCUGCUCUCUGUGCUCUGCAAUGGGCUGGUGCUGCUGACCGUGUUUGCCGCCGCCGGGCCCGGGCCCCUGCCGCCGGUCAAGUUCGUAGUCGGUGCAAUUGCCGGCGCCAACACCUUGACCGGCGUCUCCUGCGGCCUCCUGGCCUCCGUGGACGCCGUGACCUUCGGCCAGUUCGCCCAGUACGGAGCGCGCUGGGAGACGGGGCUGGGCUGCCGCGCCACGGGCUUCCUGGCGGUGCUGGGCUCCGAGGCGGCCGUGCUGCUGCUGGCGCUGGCGCUGGUGUGCCUGGCGCUGGCUGCGCUCGCCGCCGCGCUGCCCCUCGCCUCGGUCGGGGACUACGGCGCCUCCCCUCUCUGCCUGCCCUACGCCCUGCCCGACGGCCAGCCCGCCGCCCUGGGCCUCGCCGUGGCCCUGGUCAUGGUGAACUCCCUCUGCUUCCUCGUGGUGGCUGGUGCCUACAUCAAGCUCUACUGUGACCUGCCGCGGGGUGACUUCGAGGCCGUGUGGGACUGCGCCAUGGUGAGGCACGUGGCCUGGCUCAUCUUCGCGGAUGGGCUCCUCUACUGCCCCGUGGCCUUCCUUAGCUUUGCCUCCAUGCUGAGCCUCUUCCCGGUCACCCCUGAGGCGCUCAAGUCGGUCCUGCUCGUGGUGUUGCCUCUCCCUGCCUGCCUGAACCCCUUGCUCUACCAGCUCUUCAACCCCCACUUCCGGGAUGACCUUCGGAGGCUCUGUCCCUGGUCAGGAACCGCGGGACCCCUAACCUAUGCUGCUGCCAAUGAGCUGGAAAAGAGCUCCUGCGACUCCACCCAGGCUCUGGUGGCCUUCUCUGAUGUGGAUCUCAUUCUGGAAGCUUCUGAGGCUGGGCGGCCCCCUGGGCUGGAGACCUAUGGAUUCCCCACAGUGACCCUCAUCUCCUAUCCGCAGCCAGCGGCCCCCAGGCUGGAGGGAAACCGUUUUGCAGAGCCAGAGGGGACCCACUUGGGGUUCCCACAGCCCUCCCUGGAUGGAGAACUGCUGCUGCGAGCAGAGGGCGCCUCAGGAGGGGGCUCCUCAGUGAGUGGGGUCUUCCAGCCCUCCGGCUCAGUCUUUGCCUCACACUUAUAAAUGACCCUCCCCACUCCUCUGUCACUUCGCUUCCCUCUUUUCCCACUCCGUGAAUGAUGGCUGCUUAUGAAAUAAAUACAUACAACCAAAAUUCAACCGUGUGACCCAGA